CGGCGCUCCGGGGCUGCGAGCGCUCCCUGCUCUGAAUUGUAACUUCGGGAGAGAGACGGUGCUGAGAGCGAGCGGAGCCUGGGCUUUACUCGUAUAAUUAGCGUUUAAGGAAGGUUAUGAAACAAGGCAUCGAGAGCCCUCAAAACACGGAUGGCACGGCGCGGCUGCUGGAGCUCAGAACUGCUUACAAAGCGAUCUUUGGCCGCUUGGCUCUGAGCGAGCAAACCACGCGGCUGCCGAGCGGCUCCUGGUGCUGCUGACACAGAUCGAGAGCCCACCUGUCCGAGCUGAAAACGUCAGAAUUAACACACUAGAACUAAGCACAAGACUCAUCACCAGGCUUUCAAUCACUCGCUUUGUUCCAAACGAUUUUAAAAAUUCUUGGUUCUGGAGAAUGCUACCAGGAACGGCAGCAAGAGCAUUUCUGUCUGACCGCAGGAAUGUUACAUAUUUGGAAAGGAAGGCUACCUCCAUCCAUACAGCCUCGUGCCGACAGAAAGCAGGCUGGGGUCAGUGCUGCAACCAGAUCUGUGCUGGCCGCGCUGAGCCGAAGAUACCGCCCUGUGCACUGCAUCCUGUUGUAACUCAUUUGCUGUGUUCCUGGGGAUCCAGCCCAGCCUCAUUACUGCUUUCUUAGCACAGGCUGAACUGUCAGCGUGAUUUUACUGACAAACCUGUUCUGACAUCCUACUGCCAGUGCAUACGGACGGUCUCUUCUUGCAGACUGUUUUAUCCUAAUGAUCCGCUGAAGAUUGUAAAGGCAAGAGGCCAGUACAUGUAUGAUGAGAACGGAAGACAAUACCUUGACUGCAUAAACAACGUUGCUCAUGUUGGACACUGUCACCCCGAUGUAGUAAAAGCAGCCCACGAGCAAAACCAAUUGCUAAAUACAAAUUCUCGUUAUCUUCAUGACAACUUGACUGAUUAUGCAGAGAGACUUUCAGAAAAGCUGCCUGAGAAGUUGUGCACCUUUUAUUUCUUGAAUUCUGGAUCUGAGGCUAAUGAUCUUGCCCUAAGACUGGCACGACAGUUUACAAAGCAUGAGGACGUUAUAGUUCUAGACCAUGCUUACCAUGGACAUCUGACAUCCCUGAUUGACAUAAGCCCAUAUAAAUUCAGAAAUCUAGAAGGACAGAAGGAAUGGGUCCACGUGGCUCCUGUUCCAGACACAUACAGGGGACUAUACAGAGAGGACCAUGAAGAUCCAGCAACAGCCUAUGCUAAUGAAGUAGAAAAUAUUAUUAAGCAAGCACAUAAGAAAGGCAGAAAGGUAAGAAGUGAUUUCUUUGACCUUUUGUCUUGCAUAAGAGAUCAGUGCAGGUGCUUGUCAACGCUGACUGUACACACAACUUCCACACACGUCUCUGUUGUGUUCAGUCAUUACGCAGUCCGUAUGUUUCAGAUUGCUGCGUUUUUUGCUGAAUCUCUGCCAAGCGUCGGUGGUCAAAUCAUCCCACCAGAAGGCUACUUCCACAAAGUUGCAGAGCACGUGCACAAGGCAGGAGGUGUAUUUGUUGCUGAUGAAAUUCAGGUCGGCUUUGGCAGGGUUGGCAAGCACUUUUGGGCAUUCCAACUUCAGGGAGAAGAGUUUAUACCUGACAUAGUCACUAUGGGGAAACCCAUAGGUAAUGGGCACCCUAUUGCCUGCGUAGCAACAACAAAAGAAAUCGCAGAAGCAUUUGCAGCCACAGGAGUCGAGUAUUUCAACACAUUUGGAGGAAACCCUGUUUCAUGUGCCAUUGGAUUAGCUGUUCUGGAUGUGAUAGAGAAGGAACAGCUUCAGGUUCAUGCCACAGAAGUUGGCAACUUCUUGAUGAAGCUACUCGUGGAGCAAAAAAUCAAGCACCCCAUCAUUGGUGAUGUCAGAGGUUCUGGCCUAUUCAUUGGAGUGGACUUAAUUAAAGAUCAAGCAAAAAGGACCCCAGCCACAGAAGAAGCAGAGUAUUUAAUAACAAGGCUUAAGGAAGAAUAUAUUCUACUGAGUACAGAUGGGCCAGGAAGAAAUGUACUUAAAUUCAAGCCCCCAAUGUGUUUCGCUAUGGAGGAUGCAAAAUUUGUAGUGGACACCAUUGACAAGCUUUUAACAGAUAUGGAAAAAGAACAUCUGAACCAGGAGAAAACAUCCAUUGGCUCAAUCUAAGCAGGUUUCAAACAUGUUUCAAGACCAACUAAGAAAAAUUACUCUACUGUGAUAAUGUACAUUUAAUCCUCAUGUUAGUAUGUCUUAGACCAGAUAAGACCUUUGAUUUUGUUAUUUUCAGUUAUCUUAUUAUUAAGUGAAAGCUUUAGGAGAAAUAAAUAUUCAACUGUGGCAGAUGUGGGAUUGGCUUUUAUUUAACAGAGUAUCUAAAACUGGUUUUAAAGCAACAUCUUUCUAGUAGCUACUAUAGACUAUGUUUUCCAAACUCCUGCUCUUUCAGGUCAUGCCUGUUUAAAAAUUAAGAGGAGCCAACUGGCUUUUUUUUUUUGUUAUCUGCUGCUACCAGUGGUAACUCCAUUCCUGGAAAUGCUUUUCUCAGCCUCCUCUGAUCAGUUUCAGGAAGCAGUUUCAAGCUGACGAGUUCCUAGUUAGCACUUUAAUCAACAAGCUCCCAAUGAGCAGAUGAAGUAAAGAGCUUCAUCUCAUGAGGAACAGACAGCUCAAAGUCACAGCUCCCACAGCUGUUGUUAGGAAACACUGUCCUCAGGAAAUAUCCGAGUGCAGUUAGUAAAUGAACAGUAUGUCACAGCCAUUUCAGAUACAACUCUGUGUACAAGCCCUUGCUUUCACCUGACAGUUUCACCUGACAGUAAGAUUUUCUUUGCAUCACACACCUUUCAUGCAAGAAAGGGAAAGCAAGCUCUUCAUGUAAGUGCUAGUAACCCAUUUCUGCCUGAGGCCACAUCACCUGUAAAGAAUCAUAGAAUCAUUAAGGUUGGAAAAGACCUCUAAGAUCAUCUAGUCCAACCACUGAAAUGAAGCAUUACUUGAGGAUCUACUUCCAAAGGGAACCAGUAACAGGUUGAUAACAAACUAGACAGAAAUAUAGCAGCAGUAUGGUUCUGGCAUAACACUGUCCAAAUCCCCCUUCAGUGGGCAAGCCACCUGCUAGAAAGGUAUUCUAACCCUUAAUUCAAAAGAAAAACAAGUAAAAAGAUGCAACAGAAUAGAGCACUUCACUUGCCAAUCUUCAAGAGUAAUCCUUCCAAAUAUUACUUGUUUCAACUGUUUAUAGUUUUAUAUUUUUCAAGUUGGGCACUUUGUUACACACAUCAACUAUAAAGCUCACGUGCCCACUACCCAACUAAAAGAUCUGCUUCACUCUUUCUUACAUUCAAGAGUGCAGCUUAAAAGUCUGUAAGACUUGUCUGAGGUUAACUUUAUGGUUUUUAAUUUCAAGGACAGCCAGCAGGGAGCAGCACGUUGUCAUUCCUGUAGGAACUGCUGCUUCCCUCAUGGAAAAAAAGAAGUAAAAAUCACUAUUAACAUGGUUUUCUCCUUUCAUAGUUACUUGAUUUGGUUCCACUGCUGGUUUGUUGGAUCAAAUUGUGCGUUAAAAGAAAAAUAUCAACUUUUGAAGUAAAAAAACAAACAAAAAAACAAAAAAAAAAA